UGCAGCAAAGGACUGCAGGCUGGAGUCAAACCUGGCUUGCUGCUGGCCUUGGCCUUCGUACAUAGGGCACACGCUCUACCAGAAAUAGGUCAUUACCUGAUUGUAGGUGUGCACUGAAUUACCCUUUCCAGAGGUCAUGUGACUCUAAAUACAAAGGGGGCCAGUCUUCAUCAGACUUAUCUAACAGUCACCAGAAGGAAGAAUUAUUUCAAAACAAAAUCACUCUGUUGAUAGUGUGAAGAUAAGACGUGGGGAUAAUUAACUGUGUAUUUAGACUAAAUCCACCCAGUGAAACCCCCCCUGCCCUCAUCUAUUGGCUGCUGAUGGGGGUGGAGGUUGUGGCUCAUGAACUAUGAAGCAUUGCUGGUGUGUUAUCGGGGUCGACGUGUAUAAAAAAGGUGCUGGCAGGUGUUCUCACACCAGAAUAACAUUAGAUCGAUCAAGGAUGUGGAUACUCUUCUUCUUGAGUGCCUUGUUGGGGGCAUUGGGGUCAGAGGAAACCUCCUCUGGAGCAGCUCAGCAGCUUCAGGCUCUCCACUGCCCGCCGUGUGAGCAGAUACACUGCUCCACCCGGCGUGCGCUGAAGCUCCAGUGCAAAGGUGGUGUCACGACAGGUGUCUGUGGCUGCUGCCCCGUCUGUGCCAAAACAGCGGGGGAGACCUGUGGAGGAACGUGGGACUAUCUGGGCAAGUGUGAUGAGGGACUGGUGUGUGUUUACAAGGACGCAGCAAGUGACAAACCAGACGCAGAGCGCAAAGGGAUCUGUGAAGCUGUGAUUCAAACAUUGGAUCCAGAGAGCUGUCAACCAGAAUGCACCCAGGAGUACUGUCAGGCAAACCCAUCUAAUAUCUGCUCUGCCAGGUUUGUGUCACUGGAGAAGACAGAGUGCCAGGGCUCCUGCCAACACACCUCCUGUUCAAGCUGUCUGCUACUGAAACCCCCAUCAUGCUCUCAGACCUGCACCAACUCUGAUACUUCCUGUCUACAACGCUUUGGGAAGUGUGUGCACAAUCACCUGACGACUCAUAAUCACGUAUGCAACAACAACCUACAGAGUAAUCAAGAGGGACAUUUUCUGUGUUUGGUCCCAGCUUGUCCAAACACAACCCAGUAACUCCUGAUGUGAAAGAGAGAAAACCCACUAGCUCAUGUAGCAAAAUGGAAAAAGGCAGCUAUCUAUAAACCUUGUGUAUAACUUGAAUAUUCGUCAUCCAACAAUCACAUUUUGUAUGCAA